AUGAGGUCCGACGGUAGAUAUACGAUGAAUCCCGAAUUAGAAGAUCAACCGAUAUCAAGAACGUAUCAAUACAGAAAGGUCAUGAAACCAAUGUUGGAACGAAAAAGACGAGCCAGAAUAAAUCGUUGUUUGGACGAAUUAAAGGAAUUAAUGGUGGCAGCACUUCAAGCAGAGGGAGAAAACGUGAGCAAAUUGGAAAAAGCAGAUAUAUUAGAAUUAACUGUGAACCAUUUACAAAAGCUUAGAAAACAGCACACUAUGAACGUUAGCAGGGAUACGUCUUAUGCAGAACGAUUCAGAGCUGGUUUCACACAGUGUGCAGCCGAAGUGUCCACGUAUUUGGCUACUUUACCUAUAGCCGCCGCCGUGGAUCCCACGUCAACCUCUAAACUCCUACAGCAUUUAGGAACGUGCAUUCGAAAAUUAGAAUCAUCCAACGUACAUUUUGAAAAAAACGCGAGUUUCUCAUCGCAAUCAUCUUGUGGAUCUCAACAAAAUUCUUAUAAUAUUAUACAAAAGCUCCAACAUUCGACGCUUAUACAGAAUCACGAUGAUGUUGAAAAUUCAGUUUGGCGCCCCUGGUGA